UCCCGUGGAGUUUCAAGUUCCCACUUCAUUUUUCAUUCAUCCUUUCACCUUUAAAAAUGAGCUUACUCUCUUCCCCUUCCACCAUAAACCACUGCAACAAAAUCAUCUCAAGCUCCAUCCAGUUCUCCUCUCAAACCACUCACAAUCUCAACAGUUUUUCUGUCCGUCACACAAGUCUUUAUCCGGCAUCUUUCUCCUCCCCACUUCCAUCUCAAUUCCUGAUCAAACCCGCCUCUUCUUCAACCCACAGAGGCUCAACCCUGGUGCCAUUCGAUGCCAAGACUACUGAUGCCGAAUCAGGAUCCACAGACCAUGAAGAUCACCGAGCUCUACACGCAGUCCUCAGGCUUUACUCGGCAAUCAAAAGCCAAAAUAUCCGAGAAUUAUCUGAUAUAAUUGGGGAGGAAUGUCGAUGCGUAUGCAAUUUCAUCUCCUUCUUCCAACCCUUCCAAGGGAAAAAGCAAGUGAUAGAGUUUUUCAGUUAUCUUAUAAGAAGCUUGGGAAAUAAUAUCGAGUUCGUAGUGAAACCAACUUUGCAUGAUGGCAUGAACGUUGGCGUUGCAUGGAGACUAGAAUGGAGCAAGAAUCAUGUGCCACUGGGGAAGGGUUUCAGUUUCUACAUUCGCCAGAUCUACCAAGGCAAGGUGUUGAUAAGGAAUGUAGAGAUGUUCAUGGAACCACUCCUUCAUCUCAAGCCUUUCAGACUCGAACUAAUGAGAUGCAUCAUGACGAUAGUGGACAACCUCAGCUCCUGUACAAUGACAGAGGGCCAGAAACGAAAGGCUUUGUGUAAAUCAUUGUUCCUUGUAUUCUUCUUGGCUGUACUUGUAUUGUUUUCAAAGCCUGGACUGUACUAAGCCACAAUGGAUUGGACUGUCCCGAUAAUGCCCCUCUCUAUCAUGUACUAUUUCAAGGAUUCUGAUAGCCAUUACCAACCAAUAUCAAAACAGCCCAGAUAGUGAACAAUCCUUAUGAAAU